AUGAACAUCCAACUUGAACGUAAAAUCGAUGCACCUGAUAAGAGUAGCACUAGCUCAAAUGUUCGUGCGGAACCUUAUCAAAAUACUGACGACAGUCAAAGAAAUAUUCUGAACCUAGUAGAAUCGGAUAACACACUCGACAGGCAAAUCUUCCAAAAUGCAGCAUCGUACGAUGCUCUAGAAACCGAUGCAUUCCAAAGUACAGAAUUGGAUGAGACUUCAAAUGCAGAAUUGACAAAUGCAGAAUUGGAAGAUGAGACUUCAAAUGCGGAAUCGGAAGAUGAGACUUCAUAUGCGGAAUCGGAAGAUGAGGCUUCAUAUGCGGAAUCGGAAGAUGAGGCUUCAUAUGCGGAACCUGAAGAUGACACUUCAAGCACCGGUGUAUUCCAAAAUGCGGAACCAGAUGACACUUCGCAAACUGUUGUAGAGGAUCCCUUUACAACGCUAUCUAAUCUACUUGUUCUUGGGUCAAGCUAUUCAUAUGAGUCACCACCAGUUUUCAGCGAUACGGGUGAUAUUUACAAUGGCUUUGCUUUGUAA